GUACUAUCAUCGUCUGAUCUCGUUAUUAAGAAAACCAAAGAUAUUGGGCGGCGGGACAGUACCAACUGACACUCAUCUUUCGCUCUCUCUUCGGAUCUCACCGCCACCGUUCACGGCGGUGCCUCCGUCACACGCGCCGCCGCUCUCGCUCCGAUCUCCCCAUCGCCAUAGAGAGAAGGUAAAGUCGUUAACGAUGGCCGAAGCCUCUGGUAGUGAGAGUUGUGGCAUGUUGGUUCUUUCUGGAGGCUGAAAAGGUGACAUCUCCAAUGUAGCGGUUAGGUUGAAGGAAAUCUGUUUUAUAGAGUAAGCUGUUGUUAUGUGAGAACUUUUGGAGUUUUUCGAUAUUACAGAAUUGACUAUGAUUGUUUAUGGAAAAAACUCUUCUCUGCAAUAUCAAGUGCCGGCAUCUGAGUUUGGUGUUUGCUUGAGAGAGAAACUCUCUGCCGCUGGCACCUCUGCAGGCUCUGCUACUGGCAUUCAAGUUUGCCCCUUCUCCUUUUCCUUACAUGUAUCCUGAUUUGGACACCUGUUUACAUGAUGAGAUGGCUGUUGCAACCUUCAAAGGACCUCCUAGUGAUUGUUGUGGGAAUAAGAAAAUGGAAAGAAAGCCUUCUGGGAGGAGACGUGUAUUUGUUCAGACUGAAACUGGGUGUGUUUUGGGGAUGGAAUUAGAUAGGAGUGACAAUGCCCAUACUGUGAAAAGGAAAUUACAGGUUGCAUUCAACGUCCCAACAGAGGAAAGCUCACUUGUUUGUGGGGACAUGGUCUUGAAGAAUGAUCUAAGUGUGGUUAGAAAUGAUUCUCCACUUCUUCUCACUAGGAACUUUUUACAUAGGAGUUCAUCUACCCCGUGCCUUUCACCCACUGGCAGGGAUCUUCAGCAAAGGGAUCAGGGGGGACCAAUCGAGGUUAUUGGUUGCUCAGAUAUGUUUUCAGGAACAAAACAACUGGUUAAGGAUAUUAUGAAGGCAAUAAAAGUUGGCAUUGAACCAAUCCCCAUUCAGAGUGGGUUGGGAGGAGCAUAUUAUUUUAGGAACAGUGAUGGUGAAAAUGUUGCUAUUGUCAAACCAACUGAUGAGGAACCUUAUGCACCAAACAAUCCGAAAGGUUUUGUUGGCAAAGCUCUUGGACAACCAGGACUGAAACGUUCAGUGAGGGUUGGGGAGACAGGCUUCAGAGAAGUUGCCGCAUACCUUCUUGAUCAUGGUCAUUUUGCCAAUGUGCCUUCUACUGCCCUUGUGAAAGUUGCACAUUCUAUUUUUAAUGUUAAUGACAGGGUGAAUGGUAGUAUGCAUCAUAACAAGAAGCAAAUAAGCAAGAUUGCAUCACUGCAGCACUUCAUUCCUCAUGAUUUUGAUGCAAGUGAUCAUGGAACUUCCAGUUUCCCUGUUGCUGCUGUUCAUAGGAUUGGGAUUUUGGACAUACGAAUUUUAAACACAGACAGACAUGCCGGAAAUCUUUUGGUCAGGAAGCUUGAAGGGUUAGGAAGGUUUGAUCAGGUGGAGCUUUUUCCCAUUGAUCAUGGUCUUUGUCUCCCUGAAAGUUUGGAAGAUCCAUAUUUUGAAUGGAUCCAUUGGCCUCAGGCAUCAAUUCCUUUCUCAGAUGAUGAGCUUGACUAUAUAUAUCAUCUAGACCCUUUUCGUGAUUCAGACAUGCUUAGAAUGGAGCUUCCCAUGAUUAGAGAAUCAUGCUUGCGGAUUUUAGUUCUCUGCACUGUCUUCCUGAAGGAAGCAGCAGCCUUUGGUCUCUGUCUAGCAGAGAUUGGUGAUAUGAUGAGUCGGGAAUUUCAGGGUCACGAUGAAGAGCCUAGUGAGCUUGAGCUUAUAUGUAUUGAAGCAAAGAAACUGUUAGAUCAGGAAGAAUUCUCUUUUUUUCAGGCAGAAGUAGGAGACAAAGGUGUAACUCAGUUUCAGUUAGACUGUGAGGAUCAUGAGUUGGAUUUCACUAUAAAUAUUGAAGAGAAACUGAAAGUAAUACCACCUUUCCAAGUUGGAGUGAAAAAUGAAAAUGGUAGAAACACACUUUCUAAACUAGAGGAAAGUGUGAUGGAGGAGGAUGAGGCUGGGAGUGAAGAGGAGUUACCCUUAGGUGCAGAUGAAUACAGUGGUCCUGUGGGAAAUCGGGUGCCUAAUGUUUCAAAACUGUCCGUGUCUGUGAAAAACACAAAAAUUGGUGAGAAAAGUUGGCAGCACUUGGGUGCAAAACAAAAGAGUGGUUUUUUGGCUGGGACAUCAUCUGGAAACACAACUGUAAAUGAGUUGCCUGCAAGCUCAAGUUUUGUGAAGCUGACAGAUAUGGAUGAGGACAAGUGGAAUCAGUUUCUUGAGAAUUUCCAAAGGUUGUUGAUCCCAGCUUUUGUCAAUUGCAAACGUGGUAAUGUGGGCAUGAAGCAGAGACAGAGACUUGGAACUUCAUGCCAGUUUUAGGGAGAUUAUUAGUGAAACAUGGCGUGAAUCAAUGAAAUAUUCGGGCUUGUACAAUGUGUCAUGGUGCACAUUGAAUUAUAGGUAAGUACAGAGGCUUUGCUUUCUCAACGCUGAGGAGUGAAUAUCCAGGAAGCAGUAAAUGAAGAUUUUCAGGUAGUAAGGUCUUGCAUCAGCAAGUAGAGGGGAAACUUAUCUACCAGUAGAUAUGAAGACUAUGCCCUGAUUUCCUCUUUUAUAUUUUUCCACUUUAUGUUCACUGGUUAGUUUGUUGAAUAAUUCAGGGUAGGUGCCAAAAUAAAUUUGUGUAUAUCAAUGGUUUCCCGGGGAUUUAUAUGAUAUUUCUGGUAUGUCUGUCGCCUUUAAAUGCUUCUGAAAUUCUUUUAAAUCCUGGUAUAAUCCGUUGCCCAUGUCGUCUUAAACUCUUUGUUUGUCUGCGAAAAGAAUAAAAAAAAAACGUAGGAAUAGGACAGAGUAGCAAAUGAAUAGAGAAUAAGGAGACUUUAAAGUUGUUUAGAUGAAGAGAAAUAAGAAAGAAAAUGAAAGCAAAAAGAGUUAUACUUCAUCUUUACUUCUAUAAUAUAGUGAGUAAAAAGAAACAAUCUUUUCCUUUCCUUCAAUCAUCCAUUAUAUCUUUUUUGUUCCGCAGAAAGCAUACAUUUAUGAGUAAAUGGUUGGUGGUCAAAUAUAGAAUUUAUUUGUGUUAAUUAGCUACAAAAAUUUACUAGUCACACAAACCCCUAUCAUGUUUCAAAGUAGCGUGGAAUCCGCCUUUGUAUCCCUCACUCUGGACUCAGACUUGCAGUGAGUCAAGUGGUUAAUUCACCCCGUCUGUGUUAACACUGGCACUGUCAACAAAGAAUUACAGUUGCAGGAAAUGGACUACAAAAAGAAUUUUCACCCCACAUAUAUGAAUUCCCGUUCACCGUGUUUCUCUGUGGUUCAUGGUGGUUAUUCUACUUAAUUCAACCUGUUGAUCCUCUAUUUGACUCACAAUUCGGGUGAAGUUGCUGCUUGCAAAUGACAUGGUGUCUUCUUUCAUAAGGCGCUUUUGCUUAAUCCUCAAUAUACACUGUGAAACCUCACCUAUGGAGGGGCGUUUCUGAGGUGAUUUGUGCAAACAUUUGUGUGCAAUUCUAGCAAGCUGCCUCACUUCUUCAAGGUUGCAUUUUCCCACAAGUUGCUUGUCAAGAAUCCCAUCUACACCAUCAUGAUCCAUUGCAGCCUUGCAGUAAAUGAAAAAUAAACAUAUACAUAAGAAAUCAUCAGUCUAAAGAUUUAUAACGUUAGCAUCCUUUCCCAAAGCAAAAAUAACUUACAAGGUUGAUAUAUUCCAUCAAAUUUUGGUGUGGAUGGAUGGCAGUGAUGAGCUCAAAUAUGAGUAUACCAAAGCUGUAAAUGUCACUCUUCAUUGUAAGCUUGCUUGUGGAAAUGUAUGCUGGGUCCAUGUAGCCAUAUGUACCUUUAAGGCCAGAAUUAC